GGUCAGCCGCCGCGGCGCGGCAAGAUGCUGGAUGGGCCCCUGCUGGCGCGCUGGCUGGCCGCGGCCUUCGCGCUGACGCUGCUGCUCGCCGCGCUGCGCCCCUCGGCCGCCUACUUCGGGCUGACGGGCAGUGAGCCCCUGACCAUCCUCCCGCUGACCCUGGAGCCGGAAGCAGCUGCCCAGGCACACUACAAGGCCUGCGACCGGCUGAAGCUGGAGCGCAAGCAGCGGCGUAUGUGCCGCCGGGACCCCGGUGUGGCCGAGACGCUGGUGGAGGCGGUCAGCAUGAGUGCCCUCGAGUGCCAGUACCAGUUCCGGUUUGAGCGCUGGAACUGCACCUUGGAGGGCCGCUACCGGGCCAGCCUGCUCAAGCGAGGCUUCAAGGAGACAGCCUUCCUGUACGCCAUCUCCUCUGCUGGCCUGACGCACGCGCUGGCCAAGGCGUGCAGUGCAGGCCGUAUGGAGCGCUGCACUUGCGAUGAGGCCCCCGACCUGGAGAACCGAGAGGCCUGGCAGUGGGGUGGCUGCGGGGACAAUCUCAAGUACAGCAGCAAGUUCGUCAAGGAGUUCCUGGGUCGGCGGUCUAGCAAGGAUCUGCGAGCCCGUGUGGACUUCCACAACAACCUCGUGGGUGUGAAGGUGAUCAAGGCCGGGGUGGAGACCACAUGCAAAUGCCACGGCGUGUCAGGCUCAUGCACCGUGAGGACAUGCUGGCGGCAGCUGGCUCCUUUCCACGAGGUGGGCAAACGCCUGAAGCACAAGUACGAGACGGCCCUCAAGGUGGGCAGCACCACCAACGAGGCCACCGGCGAGGCCGGCGCCAUCGCACCUCCGCGGGGCCGGGCCACGGGGACCGGUGGUGGUGACCCGCUGCCCCGCACCCCGGAGCUGGUGCACCUGGAUGACUCUCCCAGCUUCUGCCUGGCCGGCCGCUUCUCCCCAGGCACCGCCGGCCGCAGGUGCCACCGCGAGAAGAACUGCGAGAGCAUCUGCUGUGGGCGCGGUCACAACACUCAGAGUCGGGUGGUAACCCGGCCUUGCCAGUGCCAGGUGCGCUGGUGCUGCUACGUGGAGUGCAGGCAGUGCACCCAGAGGGAGGAGGUCUACACCUGCAAGGGCUGAGCCCCUGGGCCUGGCCGGGCUGCGGCAGGGGUGCAGGUGGGGUGUGCCAGGUGAGGGGUCUAGACCUGCAGGGGCUGAGCCCCUGGGCCUGGCUGGGCUGCUGCAGGGGUGCAGGUGGGGUGUGCCAGGUGAGGGGUCUAGACCUGCAGGGGCUGAGCCCCCGGGCCUGGUCAGGCUGCAGCAGAGGUUCAGGCAGCGUGUGCAGUGUGAGGGAUGUACACCUGCAGGGGCUGAGCCCCCGGGCCUGGCCGGGCUGCGGCAGGGGUGCAGGUGGGGUGUGCAGGGUGAGGGGUGUACACCUGCAGGGGCUGAGCCCCCGGGCCUGGCUGGGCUGCUGCAGGGGUGCAGGUGGGGUGUGCCAGGUGAGGGGUCUAGACCUGCAGGGGCUGAGCCCCUGCCCUGGGCGACCCCAACAUGCUUGGUUCCAAGGCGGGGGCAGAGGCCUGGGGGUUGGCUGCAUGGGCCACCUCCUCCCCUUUGUCUCCCCAUCUCAAAGGCCCAGUCUGACCUCUGCAUCCCCUCUGCUUGUGCCUCCCCAUGACCUGAGAGCUUUGCACGGAUGCUUUCCAAACUGUGUCCCCCUAAGUCACCAGGUGCCCCUCCUGUGCUGGGUGCCCUCUGAGGAGCAGCGGGCACACCUUCAUGACCACACGGCCUCUGUGUGGACUGCCUGUGGGCUGUCCUGCACCGGCACUGGCUUAGAGAGUCAAACCACUAGGAGAGAGCAGAUGCCUGGCUGCCCAGGUGUGGGGGGUAUAUAUACCCGCUCUGACAUCGAGUACUUCUCUUUGGAGUGAUAUCAGUGACUUUUAAGUUAUUUUUAUUUAACUAAUAUAUAAUUAUUAUUUUCUCCAUCCCUGCCGUCUCCCAGGCUGUGGCUCCUCCCCCUCUCAGCAAAGCCUGAUCUAGAGGGGCCCCUUUCUCCCUCCCCUCCACGCCCCCUCCUAACCUGUUUGCCUGAUCUGCUUUGUUUGUUUGAAACCACUAAAUCAAGAGAGACAUUGCUAUUGUUGUUUUUAAAGAAGUAAAGCAAGCUGUGUCUGGCCACCACCCUCAGGGUUUCUGAAAGCCAGGUCCCAUGGUCCAGGUCAACUACCCCUAGCGAGGCUGAGCUGGGCAGUGGACGGGCCCUGCUCUGCACC